GGCUGUCCAGCCACGCUAAAUAAUUGAUUACUGCUGUACAGUGCGCACAGCAGGAGCGGAAUACUUUGCAAAUACGCAGAACCGGCAUACGAGCGAGGCAUAAUUGCUCCAACCCAUGAAUGAUGGCCAGACCCAGACCCAGAGGUAGUAGCAGUAGCAGUACAUCCAAAGACAUACUCAUACCCGCGCCGUACGGCGGUGUAGGUGACCGGACCGGGCGGUACGCCCCGUCUCCGUCUCCGACACCGGUCACAGCUCACAGGGCUCAGCAGCAGGCCGGCCUUUAUCCCACCCUGACCGCGGAGGUACACCCACCGACCGCGGGGUAAAGAAAGUGGCAGGCUAAUCCGCUGUUCAUUCUUAAACCCAACCCAACCCCAACCCCAGAUCCUGAUCCCACUCGCUCGCCGCCGUGUCCUCUCCUCGUCGUGCUCUCCCCCACCAGGCCACCACCACCAUCCACUACACACUCCUCUCACUCUCGCUUCGCCAGUUUGCUCGCGCUUCGCCUCACUCCACUCUCCAGUGGACUCCAUUUCCCAACACCCCGCCUGCCUCAGAGCUCGCUUGUCCGCUUCGCAGCGGCCGAGGCGGCGCACAUGGCGCUACCCCCUGCCCUCCUCCUCCUCCUCCUCCUCCAGCUGCUCUGCCUCUUGCUGCUCGGCGCGGGCGCGGCGCUGCACGAGCGCGACGCGGCGGCGCUCCGGGACGUGCGGGCCGGCCUGCGGGACCUGCCGGGGUCGCGCUUCUUCGAGUCCUGGGACGACGACGCGUCCGCCCCGUGCGCCUACGCCGGCGUCGUGUGCGCGCCCGACGAGGACGACCCGUCCGGCGCGCUCCUCCGCGUGUCGGUGCUCACGCUCGGCACCGGCCUCUCCGACUCCCCCGGCAUGGCCGGCAGCGUCCCGGCCUCGCUCGCCAGCCUCACCGCGCUCACCGACCUCGUCCUCUACCCGGGCCGUGUCGGCGGCUCCAUCCCGGAGGGCAUUGGGUCGGGUCUCCGGCGCCUCAGGCUCCUCUCGCUGUCCGGGAACCAGCUCACCGGGCCCGUGCCCGAGUCCCUGGCGGGGCUGCCGGAACUGCACACGCUCGACCUCGGCAACAACCGCCUCGAGGGCACGAUUCCCUCCGGGCUGCUGCUGCCGUCGUCCCCGAGCCUCAAGGUGCUCAUCCUGGCCAACAAUGUCGGCCUCUCCGGGCAGAUUCCCGACCAGUUUCCCAGCUCGCAGCUGUUCCACGUCGACCUGAGCCGGAACGCGAUAACCGGCACGCUCCCGCCGCUGCCACCGACGAUCCGGUACUUCUCCGUAGCCGGGAACUCGAUGGAGGGGAGCCUCGACGGAGCCUUCGCCGGCAACGGCCAGGGCCCAGCCGACCUGGCAUUCCUCGACCUGUCGAUGAACGACUUCUCGGGCUCGAUCCCGCCGGAGGUGUUCGCGCUCCCGAGCGCGUCGUCGCUGCUCCUGUCCCGCAACAACUUCACGGGGUCGCUGGCCGUGCCGGCGGCGCCCGCGUCGGCGACGCCGCCGUGGUCAGUGGUGGACGUCAGCCACAACGGCCUCACGGGCGAGGUCCCGGAGGCGCUGGCGGCGGCGGGGAGCCUGUACGUGAACAACAACAAGAUCUCCGGCGAGGUCCCGGAGGCGGUGGCCCGCAGCGUGUUCGACGGGCGCAUGACGACCUUCUACGCGCAGCACAACUUCCUGACGGGGUUCCCGGUGCCGCCGACGCCGCUGCCGGACUCCGCGGCGCUGUGCCUCUCCUACAACUGCAUGGACCUCCCCUCCGCCUCCGCGGCCGACGGGUGCCCCACGAUCGGCGGGCCCCUGGAGUCCAGGCCCGCGGACCAGUGCCGGAGCAGCGGCGGCGACGGCUGAGCCGCCGACGCCCCGUGGGCUGACAGGUGGGGCUCGGUCGUCUCCGGCUCCCGCGCGGCACGGGCGGGGCACCCUCACCCACCGGGUUCACGCAUUUUGGUUUGUCCGGCUGGUUGUUUGGGCCGUGGUUUUUCAUGUGAUUUUGGUUUGAAUUUAUUCGACGUCGGGCGCGCAACGGUCACGCGGCGACGAGGUUGGGUUGGUGUUCGUGCGUGUGCGUGUGCGUGUGUGCUGUUAUUCACUCACCGGUUUGGGAGUGUACGUUGCGUCCAAAAGGAAUCCGUGGCGGCCUCGGCAGGGCAGUAAUGCCAAUUUAAGCAUUUCGGCCCAUGCCCCGCCUACCGCAAGAGGACAACCUAAUGUUGGCGUUGCUGCUAUGUAUAGAUAGCUGACUGCCCUAGUUUUUCUCAGACGUUUAAGUCGAAAUGUUGUUGUGUUUUCUUUCAA